GUGACUUGAACCAAAUGAAACAAAACAUCAACAUCUAAGCCAAAUAAAUGAAUUGUGCUUUCUACAGAAACAUUUUACAGAAAUUUGAGAAAUAAUGUUUUAUAACAGUUUUAAACUAAAAAAUGCAAUGUUUCUCUAUCAUUUACAUGACAAGUUAUGAAAUGUGUUUAAAACAAGACAAAGUUGCCCAUCCGUGAUUUAUUGCAAAAAUGUAAAAAUUAGUCAAAAAUGACAGAAUAUACACGAUAUACCAACAUUAACGUUAUGAGCUUAAUGCGUCGCCAUGGAAACAUAAACAUUAUAACGGUCAAUUCCAAUCUGCCGUCAGGGGGAGAGUCCGCUUGAAAACGUUGUAGGAUUUGUAAGAUAAGAUGAUCUGUCUUGAUCUUGAGGGGACAAUGGCCAAAAAACAUCGGUAGGGGGCGACAUAUUCACACUGUUGGAAAGGCGUCAAGAAACAAGAGAAGAAGAAGAAGCGCCAGUGUUGUGUUUGUGCUCUUCAUCAUUUUUCUGAUUAAUGUUUGUGCUUGUUAUCUCUCUAAGAAGCUGUGUCUUCAAACAAGCGGAUUCAGAUUCUCUUCUAUGAUGACCUCAAUAUAGGAAGAAGCUCUGCCCAAAACUGGAGACGAUCUUCCUUAUUAUCACAGACACAGCCCUGAGUGAGAAGCACAGAGUCCAUCAUUUUUGUAUCUUCGCUAUACCAGCUGGAGUCUUAUAAUGUAUUUGCCAAAGAGGAGUUUAAUGUGUUUUGUUUUGGGAUGUACCAAUGAACACCAGAGACUGUAUAGACUCCCACAAUCUAAAUCACUGAAGACAUUGUGGUUAGAUUUCAUUUUUGAUGGAAAUGUCCCGAAGAGAGUACCUAGAACGUUAUAUGUUUGUGCCAAUCAUUUUACGCCCGACUGCUUCCAAAACGACGCUGGAUUUUCAACCAGCUUGAUUCUAAAAAAUGAGUCAAUACCAACGCUUCGUUCUCAAACCUUAAAAUCAGAACAAGAUGUAUCUGGUGUCUCUGUCUGUGGCAUCACUGAUCAAACAUCUACAGAGCUUCUGGUUUCUGUCUGUAAUGGAGAAGAAGAGAAGACAUCUCUAAAUCUGCUGGACUGUGGGAUAAAGCUGAAACAAGAAAUGACAGAAGAAGAAGAACAGACAGAUGAAGGGGAUCGGAUACAUUCAGAUCUGAAUGUGAAGUUGGAAAGUUUUCAAUCAAAUAACAUAGAGGAGAAACCUGAUCAUUUUAUACCUGGAGAAGAAUCUCUGAGCUGUUUGAAGACCGAGAAUUUGUCAGACGAUUCUUGUACGUGCUCACUGUGUGGAAAUGUCUUCAAUAGUCAGUCCGACCUUAAUGCACACAUGCAAAUUCACACUGGAGAAAACCCUAACAGAUGUGAUGAAUGUGGAAAAAGCUUUACUCAAAAGUCAAGCCUUACUGUGCACAAGAGAAUACACACUGGAGAAAAGCCUUACAGUUGUGACCAGUGUGGACAGACCUUUACUCGUAAAUCUGGUCUUGAUACACACAUGCAAAUUCACACAGGAUUUAAGCCUUACAGAUGUUACCAGUGUGAACGGACCUUCACUUGUAAGUCCAGCCUUACUGUGCACAGGAGAAUUCACACUGGAGAAAGGCCUUACAGAUGUGACCAGUGUGGACAGACCUUCACUUGUAAGUCCAGCCUUAAUGUGCACAACAGAAUUCACACAGGAGGAAAGUUUUACAGUUGUAACCAGUGUGGACAAACCUUUACUCGUAAGUCCAGAUUUGAUGUGCACAUGAGAAUUCACACUGGAGAAAGACCUUACAGUUGUGGCCAGUGUGGACAAACUUUUACUCGUAGAGCUGGUCUUAAAGCACACAUGCACAUUCACACAGGAAUAAAGCCUCACAGUUGUGACCAGUGUGGACAGACCUUCACUUGUAAGUCCCACCUUACUAAGCACAUGAAAAUUCACACUGGAGAAAAGCCUUACAGAUGUGGCCAAUGUGGAAAAAGCUUCACUUGUAAGUCCAACCUUAGCGUGCACAGAAGAAUUCACACUGGAGAAAAGCCUUACAGAUGUGACCAGUGUGGACAAACGUUUACUCAUAAAGCUGGUCUUAAUGCACACAUGCACAUUCACACUGGAAUAAAGCCUCAAAGUUGUGACCAGUGUAAACAGACCUUCACUUGUAAGUCCCACCUCACUAUGCACAGGAGAAUUCACAGUGGAGAAAGGCCUUACAGAUGUAACCAGUGUGAAAAAAGCUUCACUUUUAAGUCCAGCUUUACUGUGCACAAAAGAAUUCAUACUGGAGAAAAACCUUACAGAUGUGACCAGUGUAAAAACCGCUUUACGCAAUUGUCCAGCCUUGCUGGGCACAGGAGAAUUCACACAGGAGAAAAGCCUUACAGAUGUGACCAAUGUGGACAGACUUUCACUUUUAAGCCCAGCCUUAAUUUGCAUAUGAGAAUUCACACUGAAGAAAAGCCUACUGCAAGCGCUGUGAAUGGUCCACUAGAACCAUGUGAUUGGGGAAAGGUGAGAAAGGAAGCACAGAGUCCAUUAAUUUUGUAUCUUCGCUGUAGCAGCUGGAAUCUUACAAUGUCUGCGCCAAAGAGGAAUUAUAAAUGUUUUGUUUUGGGUUGUACUAAUGAACAUCAGAGUCUCUAUAGACUCCCCGAAUCAGAGUCACUGAGGGCAACGUGGUUAGAUUUCAUUUUUGAUGGAAAUGUCCCAAAGAAAGUACCUAGAAUGUUACACGUUUGUGCCAAUCAUUUUACACAAGACUGCUUCAAAAAUGAGACUCAGUUCAACACUGGAUUUUCAAUCAACUUGAUUCUGAAAAAUGAGUCAAUACCAACGCUUCGUUCUCAAACAGUAAAAUCAGAACAAGAUGGAUCUGGUGCCUCUGUGUGUGGCUUUAGUGAUCAAACAUCUACGGAUCUUCUGGUUUCUGCCUGUAAUGGAGAAGAAAAGAUGACAUCAGUAAAUCUGCUGGACUGUGGGAUGGAGCUGAAACAAGAAAUCAAAGAAGAAGAAGAAGAACAGACAGAUAAAGCAGAUUUGAUUUAUUCAGACCUGAAGGUGAAGUUGGAAAGUUUUCAGUCAAAUAACAUUGAGGAGAAACCUGAUCAUUUUAUACCUGGAGAAGAAUCACUGAGCUGCUUGAAGACUGAGAAGAUUUUGUCAGACAACGAUUCUUGUACGUGCUCUCGUUGUGGAAAAAUAUUCAGCUGUCAGUCCGACCUUAAUGCACACAUGCAAAUUCACAUGGAAAUAAAGCCUUACAGCUGUGACAAGUGUGGACAGAGCUUUACUCAAGUGUCCCACCUUACUGAGCACUGUAAAAUUCACACUGCAAAAAAGCCUUACAGUUGUGACCAGUGUGGACAGACCUUCACUUAUAAUUCCCACCUUAAUGUGCACAGAAGGGUUCACACUGGAGAAAAGCCUUACACAUGUGAUGAAUGUGGAAAGACCUUCACUUAUAAUUCAAGCCUCAUAAUGCACAAGAGAAUUCACACUGGAGAAAAGCCUUACAGUUGUGACCUGUGUGAACAGACCUUUACUCAUAAGUCGAAGCUUCAUGUGCACAGGAGAAUUCACACUGGCGAAAAUCCUUACAGUUGUGAUCAGUGUGGACAAACGUUCACUCGUAAGUCCAGCCUUGAUGUGCAUAUGAGAAUUCACACUGGAGAAAAGCCAUACAGUUGUGAACAUUGUGGAAAGAGCUUCACUCAAAUUUCCUACCUUACUGUGCACAGGAGAAUUCACACUGGAGAAAAACCUUACAGUUGUGACCAGUGUGAACGGACCUUCACUCAUAUUUCCCACCUUAAUGUGCACAAGAGAAUUCACACUGGAGAAAAACCUUACAGUUGUGACCAGUGUGAACGGACCUUCACUCAUAAUUCCCACCUUACUGCACACAAGAGAGUUCACACUGGAGAAAAGCCUUACAGUUGUGACCAGUGUCAAAAGAGCUUCAGUUGUAAGUCCAGUCUUGAUAUGCACAGGAGAAUUCACACAGGAGAAAAGCCUCACAGUUGUGACCAGUGUGAACGGACCUUUAUUUGUAAGUCCCAACUUACUGUGCACAGAAGAAUUCACACUGGAGAAAAGCCUUACAGUUGUGACCAGUGUGAACAGACCUUCACUCAUAAGUCCCAUCUUACAGUGCACCGAAGAAUUCACACUGGAGAAAAGCCUUAUAGUUGUGACCAGUGUGGACAAACCUUCACCCGUAAGCCCAGCCUUGAUGUGCACAGGAGAAUUCACACAGGAGAAAGUCCUUACAGAUGUGACCAGUGUGGAAAGAGCUUCACUCGUAUAUCCAACCUUAGUUUGCACAAGAGAAUUCACACUGAAGAACAUUUACACAUUACACAAGCAGUGGGCAACUAUUACUGCAGCAAUUACCUGAUGAUGGUGAAGUUGGAAAGUUUUCAAUCAAAUAACCUAGAGGAGAAAUCUCAUCAUUUUAAACCUGGAGAAGAAUCUCUGAGCUGCGUAAAGACUGAGAUUUUGUCAGACAACGAUGCUUGUACGUGCUCUCUGUGUGGUAAAAUCUUCAAUGGUCAGUCUGACCUUAAUGGGCACAUGCAAAUUCACACUGGAGAAAAGCCAAACAGAUGCGAUGAAUGUGGAAAGAGCUUCACUUAUAAGUCCAGGCUUGUGACACACAAGAGAAUUCACACUGGAGAAAGGCCUUACGGUUGUGACCAGUGUGGACAGACCUUCACUUGUAAGUACAGCCUUGAUGUUCACAUGAGAAUUCACACUGGAGAAAAACCUUUCAUGUGUGAUAAAUGUGGAAAGAGCUUUACUUAUAAGUCCCACCUUACUUCGCACAUGAGAAUUCACACUGGAGGAAAGCCUUACAGUUGUGACCAGUGUGGAAAGAGAUUCCUUUCUAAGUACAAGCUUGAUACUCACAGGAUAAUUCAUACUCAAUUAAAGAAUUACAGUUGCGACCAGUGUGGACAGACCUUCACUAAUAUGUCCCACUUUACUGUGCACAGGAGAAUUCACACUGGAAAAAAGCCGUACAGUUGUGACCAGUGUGAACAGACAUUCGCUCAACAGUCCAGGCUUGAUGAGCACAUCAGAAUUCACACUGGAGAAAGGCCUUACAAAUGUGACCAGUGUGAACAGGUCUUCAAUUAUAAGUCCAAUCUUACUGUGCACAGGAGAAUUCACACAGGAGAGAGUCCUCACAGAUGUGACCAUUGUGGAGAGAGCUUCACGCAAAAGUCCAGCCUUAGUUUGCACCAGAGGAUUCACACUGCAGAACACGCACACACCCGGAGCAGUGGACAGUUAUCACUGCAGCGCCCAGGGAGCAUUGGUGGACAAGUGCCUUGAACCAACAACUCUCUGGUUACAAUCCUAACUCUAGGUGUUUCUCAAUGUCAAGGAAGGAUCCUCGGAAGCCAGAAUUUCGAGGAUGCUACUUUAUCGACAUCCGUUGAAGGACUGUUCCAAUGUCGAGGAUCCUCGGAUUUCAACCAAGGAGUCCAUCGUUUAAAAAAUAUCCCAUAUACAGGAAAGGAUGCAUAUGUGUAGCCUUCGCGCUCUCAAAUCACCCACAAUCCUAUGCAUGCAGCACCGAAAGCACACCUUUUCACUGACGUAGUAAUGCAAUGACAUGCACUUGCUAGCCUGUUUUAUUAACAAGUUAUCCGAAUGCUAAAGAGGAGCCUCGCCUAUCCUCUAAAGGAAGUGACUUGGAAGGACCAGUCCUGCUAAUUGAGAAACAUCUAUUCUGACUAUUAGGCCGCAACUGCCUCCUACACCUGUCUUCACAGUGACACCUAGUGGUCGCUUGUAUGUGUUGAUCUGAAAAAAACUUGGCAAUGAUUCAGACAAGCAUUGAUGAAUUAUACCCUACAUCAGGGGUGUUCAAAGUCGGUCCUGGAGUAUCCCUCAAAGUAUCUAAGCCGUUUCUCAAUGUCAAGGAAGGAUCCUCGGAAGCCAGAAUUUCAAGGAUGCUACGUCAUCGACGGUCGUCGAAGGACUAUUCCAACGUCGAGGAUCCUCGGAAUUCCAGCCAAGGACUGAGUCCUUCGUUCGAGAAAUAUCCCAUAUACAGGAAAAGAUGCAUAUUACCCACAAUCCUAUGUGUGCAGCGCCGAAAGCACACCUUUCAAUGAAGUGCACUUGCUAGCUUUUUCCAUUUACAUGUUCUCCGAAUGCUUAAGAGGAUCCUCGCCUAGCCUCUGAAGGAGGUGACUUGUAAGGACUAAUCUUGCCAAGGAAGUAUUCUUGACAUUGAGAAACAGCCCUAGUCUGCCUAGUAAGACCUUGAUUAGCUGGAUCAGGUGUGUUUGAUUAGGGUUGGAAUAAAACUCUGCAGAGACACCAGCCCUCCUGGAGCAGGAUUGGACACCCCUACCAUACAUCAUAUGAGGUUCUCAACUCUCCACCUUCUAGCAGAGUUUGUCCUCAUUUGAGAAUCUCUAACAAGGAAGUGUGGGGGAGCGAAUAAGCUUAGUGUUCUUGAAUGGCUUGCUCCGUGUUGGGUUUGAAUCUUGGGUGAAGUCUCCCUGUCUUCAUAGUUUUAACAGCAAUGUGAAGAUCAGUCAAGCAGCGGUCUAAUGUUAAGCUAUUUUUUAGGCAAUGGAAAGUAAAAAUGUAGAUUUUUUAUCUAAAUUGAUUUUUUGAUCUAAAUUGGGAUCGCUAUAUAAUUUCUCUAAAUAGUCAUUAAAACUCUAAAAUAAUCUUUAUAUGUACGUUUUCUAAAAGGUUACUGUCCUAAGUGCGGGCCCAGUAAUGUUGGCGGAAGUUUGAGCGAGAAGGGGAGUAGUCAGGAGUGAUGAUGUUACUGCGCUCGAACUGAUUUUGCCAAGUGGUUGAUGUCCUCAGGGCAAAAAUUGUGUUGACCCAAGGACAAAAUUUUUCUAAAUAAAACCUAAACCUACCCCAAACCCCAACCCUAAUCAUAACCAAACCCUAAAAUCACAAUGGUCUAGAAACAGCUAAUCUUGGUUGUAAGCUUAAAGUUAAAACAAACUAUAAUCUUAUUUCUGAAAUCUGAUUGGUUGAUUGAAAUGUUGUUCCAGGGUCAACAUAAUGUUGCCCUGAGGACAUCAACCACCUGGCAAAAUCAGGAGAGCCAUGUUACUGCACGCCAAGGUUAUUUUGUGCCACCAUACUUACUCGUGUAACUACUCAUGUAACAGUCUUCAAAUAGGGAACACAUGGAAGUGUUUGGUGGCUUCUAAAUUCAUCCCUGUUUGGAUCCUAAGGAAUGAAUGGGGCUAGGCUAAAUGCUAACAUAUUCACAAAGCACCAUACAAAGAUUAAGUGCACGCAUUGAUAAAAGAUAGGUAUAUAUUAAUUUGUCUAAGUUGAGGUAAGAACAUAGUAAAAUGUUUAAAAACUGUGGUGUUUUCCUUCAAUUUAUUUUUUGAUUAACUGUUUGGGAAAAAAUAUCUGUGUAACUUCAUUACAGCAGAUCUUAAAACUGUCUGUGUCUAAACUUCAAUAAAAGAAA